AUGUCAGCUGCCUCCAACCGCUCACAACCGGGUGUUGGAAAGCCUAUAAUAACACCCACUCAGUACUACCAUUGUCCCUCACAUGAGACAGACUACGACCUUUGCAAUUCCUGCUACCAGUCUUUCCUCCAACAUCCCCGUAUGCGACGUGACCAAAACACCAGCGCCGAAGACAUCGCUGGCUGGCGUAAAUGUCCUUCUGGGCACCGAAUGAUCGUUCUUGCCUUCGAGGCCGACGUCUCCGAUGAAGGCGACGGUGGAAUGCGACGCAUAGUCAAGCAAGAUCUCGUCGGCGGCUGGAAAAUGACCGAAGCAGAUAUCCAAGCUUGGAAUCUGCAGAACAGCCAUAUCUCAAACGCACCUAAGAGCCCACCACUUACCAGCAGAGCAGGAACCUGGACUUGGAAAGAAGACGCCGCCGGUACACGAAGACGCAGUCGCUCUUCGACUUUGAACAACACUCUAAACGGCCUCAACCUCGACGGCAGUAUGGUACUGAACAACUCCAUGCGCUUCCCACCUAAUGGUGGUUACGGCAAGCAAGGGGUAGCGUACUAUGCGUAUUGGCCUGAGGAAGGCGAAGCUGGUGAAGGCGAGUUAGUGUUACCUAGAGCUGCGGAAGUCAGUGAGAUUGAGGAUAUUAAUGGUGAUUGGUGGAGUGGUGUUUAUGCUGGUGAUGUUGGCGUUUUUCCCUUUGGCUUCGUCAGAGAGUAUAACUAG